CUGUCCUUAUCCAGCCCGUGACAUCUGCUGCAUUCGCUGCCUCACUUUGUACAGGCAGACAGUCCUUCUGGCACGUCCCAUCACCAGAUCCAUCAGCGACUGUUCCCCUCUACAUCUCCGUUUGUCGCAAACUCACCCCACAGCAGCCAGAGAAGAUGGGCUCGGUCAAUACACCCAGCGGUAGCAGCAGUACCAGCUGCCCCGCCCUACGCGAUGCCUGGGCUGCCAACACGCUCGAAAAGGCAGAGGCCUUGAUCAAGGCCAACUCCGCCAGCAGUACCGGAACCGCAGGCCUCGUCAUGCACAAUUUCGUCGGCGGCAGCUACGUGCCCUCGGAAAACCACAUCGACUCGGUUAACCCCAAGACCGGCCAGGUCUUUGCCCAAGUGCCCGUCGCCAGUGCAGACCAGGUCGAGCAGGCGCUUCAGACAGCCACCCAGGCCUUCAAGACGUGGAAGAAGACGACGGCAGCAGCGCGGUCAGCAUACCUGCGCCGUGUUGCGCAGCUGAUCCAGGACAAUCACGAGCUGUUCGCCGUGUGGGAGAGCAUAGACCAGGGCAAGACGCUCGCGCGGGCGCGGGUCGAGGUCGAUCGGGCCAUCUCCAACUUCAACUACUUCUCCACCUUCAUCCUCCACCAGUCCACAUCCGCCCGCAUGAUCGACAAUGUCGCAUUGACAUAUGAGCACCGGUCUCCAGCGGGUGUCUUUGCCCUCAUCUCGCCAUGGAAUAUGCCCUUGUACCUCCUCACCUGGAAGAUUGCGCCUUGCCUGGCGUUUGGUUGCACCGCCGUCGCCAAGCCCAGCGAAGUCACAUCCAUGUCGGCCUUCCUCCUCGCCGAGGUCCUGCGACUGGCUGAGAUCCCUGCAGGCGUCAUCAACAUCGUGUUCGGCGACGGUCCUACCACUGGUUCGGCGCUCGUGCGUAGUCCACUUGUCCACGGUGUCAGCUUCACCGGCGGCACGGCGACAGGCAUCAGGAUCAGGCGAGACACCGCGGACCAGAUAUACAAGCACCUCUCGCUCGAGCUGGGCGGCAAAAACCCCACCCUCGUCUUUGACGACGUCGACCUUGACAAGGCCGUCGAGACGGCCGCCACCGCGGCAUUCGAGAACCAGGGAGAGAUCUGCCUCUGCGGGUCCAGGGUAUACGUGCAGUCAGGCAUCUACGACGAGUUCGUGAGUCGCUUCGAGAAGUUUGUCAGAGACAACUUCAAGUGCGGCGAGCGUGUUGGCGCGGUUGUGUCGAGUCCGCACUAUGCCAAGAUCAGAUCGUACCUGGAGCUCGCGGAGCAGGAGAAGGCGACUUUCGUUACUGGCUCAAUACCUCCCGCGGACCCGAAGAACGGGCUGUGGAUCGACCCUGUGGUGCUGACGGGCGUGUCGACCAAGUCCGCCGUCAUGCGCGAGGAGAUAUUUGGCCCCGUGGUCACCAUUGCCAAGUUCGACACCGAGGAGGAGGCGAUCGAGCUGGCAAACGACAACCCCAACGGCCUUGCGGCAGUGCUGUUGACCAAGGACGCCGCGAGGAUCAGGAGGGUCGGCGAGCAGAUCGAGGCCGGCCUGGUGUGGGUGAACUGCUGGCUCGUCAGGGAGCUCGGCACGCCGUUUGGCGGCAUGAAGAACUCGGGCACGGGCAGGGAGGGUGGCGAGUACAGCCGCGAGGUAUUCACUGUUGUACGGACAUUGCAUAUUCCGAUGUAGUUGGUUCUGGUCAGUUAUCGAAAUAUAGCGUGCAUGAGUUUUCUCGUA